AUGUGGCACCCACUCAACAACAAAGAAGGCCUCAGAGAAGGAAAAGAACAUCACAAGAAGAACCUCAUCAAGAAGAGCCUCAACGAAGAGAAUACCAGCAAGAAGAGCAAUAUGAUCCAGUCAACAUACAUAAACAUGAGUCACAUUCAAGGAGCCAUUGAGGAUCUUGCAAGGAGAUAUAUGGAGGGGCAAGAACAACAAUUGCACUUCCAAUCUCAAAUGAUGAAUCACCAGGCAAGGCUGCAUAAACAACAAAUGGAACAGCAACAGGAACAUUACUCCCGGCUUGCCCAAACCAUCAACCAAGUGUCCGAAAGGCAAGAGCGUCAAGACAAGUGCCUCCAAGAACUCAACCAACGUCAAUUAGCUCAAAUGAAAGCAUUCAACAAGUUCAAUGUGCUUAAUGAAGGGCGGCAACUACACAGGGAAGAAUAUGAUGUAAACACUCAGGCCAAGUUGACUUAUAUGGCUGGACAUAUGCACAAUUUGUACUCUGCCAUCCCAAGGUAUGAUACAGUUCACAAAGAUCUAAAAGAACAAGAGGAGGAGAAGGUGAAACAACAGAAAGAAACAUUGAAGAAGAAGAUGGAGAAUGCUAGCUUCUGGAAAAAGUUGAUCGAAAAACACAAAAGAAGUGGAGAUUCGAGCAAUCAAGAAGGAACCCAAGAGGAGGAAGGAAACAAAGGUACAUGA